CUUGCUGUUUCAACUAUCCAAGAGGCAAGGUCUGAAGUCUAUGAAGAUUAAAGUUGCACAGUCACAAAGUGCUCAGGGUGUGCUGACUUGGAGAGCUGUGAAGACACUCCUAUGUUAUCUGAAGACUUUGCCUUUUCUGCUUUUUUAAGAUUUGCACGGCCAAAGCAGGAUCGCUACGAUGAUUUAUCUGCUGAUUGUAAGCAUGCUGUUAUGGAACUCUGUGAGAUGCAGUAAAGGUAGUCAUUUUAACACAAGCCAAGGUGGAGAAAUACACUUAGCAUUUAAAGAUCUGCAAUUACCAAUUACCUGCAAGUGGACUCCAAGAUACCAGAAGUGCACUGGAGAUAUGAAAGAGACAGAAAGAGAAAUUUAUUCCAUUGAUGAGAAGGCAAAUGGUACAGUGAACCAAGAGAGAUUCAAGGACAGACUGUACCUGGAAAAGUCAGACGACAUUAAACUGGUUCUAAAAAAUGUAACAAUGAGUGACACUGGAACAUUUAAUUGCAGUAGCCAUAACAUGCAUUAUGAAGCAUUUACUGUGGAGGUAUCACCAGCUUGUGCUCACAAUAGGACACCAUCUGUUUCACCCGUGAAAAAUGACAAGAUUUUUGAACUGUGUUGUACUUACUGUGAUGGAAGUCCAAUAUCUGAAAAAAAUUAUGAGUGGAAAUUGAAUGGGGAGCAAAUCAGUCAUAAUAUGGCUGACAUUUUCCUUCCUGGGAAAAAUUGUCUUUCAAUUGCAGCAACUAAGUAUGAGGGAAAGUGGACUUGUGGAUCCCACCUAGAAUACUGUCUGGAAGGAAUUUCGGAGAAGUCAACCAUAUUACAGACAAAAUACACAUUUAAAGAUUCAGCGGGUUAUCUGGUAACAGGAUUUUUAAUUACACUGCUUAUUUUCGCAUUAAUUGGAGCUGGGAUACGGUACCACAAGACUAAAACAAAAAGGAUGAAGAACAGGAAUAAUAAUUCUAUUGUAGCAGUUGUUUCUACAGGAGAACACAAACAGCAACAGGAUCAGGAAGUUCAGUACAGCCUGAUAAACAUUGCAGUGUCAAAUAAGCAGCAGCCUGUUAAUUCAGAAGAAAGGGUAAUAUAUUGUGAUAUUGUUUCAAAAUAAGAUAAAAGCAAUAUUUAUUGGGCUUUCAAAAAUGUGUCCUAUAGACAAUAAAGUUACUCAAGUAACA